AUGGUGCUCCGACUUCUGGUGAAGUCUGAUCUGGAAUCUGGUCUGAAGUCUGGUCUGAAAGAUCAUAAGACUAUGGCUGCUUUGGCAAAAGCUAUUGAGAAGAAUGUGCUGUUUGCCCAUCUUGAUAAUAAUGAGAGAAGUGAUAUCUUUGAUGCCAUGUUCCCUGUUACCUACAUUGCAGAAGAGACUGUCAUACAGCAAGGUGAUGAAGGUGGUAACUUCUACGUUGUUGAUCGAGGAGAAAUGGAUGUUUAUGUGAACAGUGAGUGGGCAACCAGCGUCAGUGAGGGUGGAAGCUUUGGAGAACUGGCCCUUAUAUAUGGAACUCCUCGAGCUGCAACUGUCAAAGCAAAGACAAAUGUGAAGUUGUGGGGCAUUGACAGAGAUAGCUACAGAAGGAUCCUGAUGGGCAGCACUUUGAGAAAGAGAGAGAUGUAUGAGGAAUUCCUUAAUAAAGUAUCUAUAUUGGAAUCUCUGGACAAGUGGGAGCGCCUCACUGUAGCUGAUGUACUGGAGCCAGUACAGUUUGAGGAUGGGCAAAAGAUUGUGGUGCAGGGAGAGCCGGGAGAUGCGUUCUUCAUUAUCCUGGAGGGCACAGCUGCAGUGCUACAGUGUCGGUCAGAGAAUGAGGAAUUUGUUGAAGUGGGCAGACUGGCACCUUCAGACUAUUUCGGUGAAAUAGCUCUGCUGAUGAACCAUCCCCAUGCUGCCACCAUGGUUGCUCGUGGCCCCUUGAAACGUAUAAAGUUCGAUCGACCCCGGUUUGAGCGUGUCCUGGGGCCCUGCUCGGAUAUUCUCAAGCGCAACAUUCAGCAGUACAACAGUUUUGUAUCACUGUCUGAAAUCUUCCUCCCUACCCAAAACAUGCUUCAUGAAUGCAGACUGCUUUAUUACCCUUGUGCAGAGCCACAUGGCCACUGGCAUUUGCAGCUUCCUGUCUGUUUAAAAAAUUGGAGGAAAAACAACUAACAUCCCAGAUGAUUAUAUAGGCUGUAGGUAUUCAGCAGUGCGUAGUAUGGAACAUUUUGUCUGGGCAGCUAGUGAUGGAAC